AUGGACCCACCAGAAAACAAAGCUCCUGGAUUUGUUGAUUUAGUCAGAUCUUGGAUCCCUAGAAAGAGUGAGUCUUCAUCACACAUGUCGAGGGAUUUCUGGAUGCCUGACCAGAGCUGCCCUGUGUGCUAUGAGUGUGAUGCUCAGUUCACUGUAUUCAACCGAAGGCACCAUUGCAGGCUCUGUGGUCGAGUGUUCUGUGCCAAGUGCGCUGCAAAUUCGAUUCCAUCUCCAUCAGAUGAAACGAAGGAGACUCAUGAGGAGCCAGAUAGGAUCAGGGUUUGUAAUUACUGCUACAAACAGUGGGAACAAGGGAUAAUUCCGCCUGAUAACGGAGCUUGUAUCAUUAGCCUUCCUCUUAGCUCAUCGCCUUCUGCUAGAAGCGUGGCAAGUACUGCUUCUACUUCUAAUAGUAGCAACUGCACCGUUGAUUCAACUGCUGGACCUUCCCCUAGACCGAAAAUGAAUCCUCGAGCUAGCAAGGAUUUCGAGAAGUCUGAGCAGCAGAAUGCAUCGUCGCGUAGAAGCUCGGGUACUUUUGGGCGUGUGUUAGAUUCUUCUCAGAAUCCAGUUGAAUUCUUCGUGAACGGGAGUGAUGGUGAAGGUGAUGAUGAUGAAGAUUAUCACUCUGACUAUGCACAGUCUUACUCUCAAGGAAAUGACUACUAUGGAGCCAUCAGUCUGGACGAAGUUGAUCGUAUCUAUGGGUCACAUGAACCUCAUGAUGUUGGAGAAGCCAUAGAGUCAAACAUCCAAAGUUGCUUGCCCCCUGAUGAAGAUCUCGACGCAGUGAAUACAGAGACGAUAGAUAAAACAGAACAGCAAGAGAAUGGAUGGAAUGAUGUGAAGGAGGGAAGCCCUCCUUGUGAAGAGUCAUUUGAGCCUGAGGUAGUGGAUUUUGAGAGCGAUGGGCUCUUAUGGCUACCGCCAGAGCCAGAGAACGAAGAAGAUGAAAGAGAAGCAGCGUUAUCUGAUGAUGAGGGUGAUGAAGGUGAUAGAGGUGAUUGGGGGUACCUUCGACCAUCAAAUAGCUUUAAAGACAAGGAGUUCCACUCUAGGGACAAAUCCAGUGGUGCUAUGAAAAAUGUUGUUGAAGGGCACUUUAGGGCCUUAGUAGCACAACUUUUGGAGGUUGAUAACUUACCUAUGGUCAACGAAGGCGAUGAAGAGGGCUGGCUUGAUAUAAUUACAUCGUUGUCCUGGGAGGCUGCAACACUUCUCAAGCCAGAUACGAGCAGAAGUGGAGGAAUGGAUCCAGGAGGAUAUGUGAAGGUUAAAUGCAUCCCCUGUGGACGUCGUAGUGAGAGGUGA